GAUUUGGGCAAGUCAAAGGUAUUUCUGCCACAGCCAUCGUUGCUACCUUCUUCACAGGAACAAUCAAACAAGUGCUUCAGCUGUAUCUGCCCCAAAUUUACAGUUUACAGAGAACAUGAAGAUCACCGCGUUGCUUGUUCUCAAAUGCAAUCCCGACGGAUCGUCGGAUCCGGUGAUCCUAGCAAAUGCCACGGACGUCAGCCAUUUCGGUUACUUCCAGAGGUCUAGCGUCAAGGAAUUCAUAGUCUUUGUUGGUCGUACAGUCGCUAAACGUACGCCUCCAUCGCAACGUCAGUCCGUUCAACACGAAGAAUACAAGGUGCAUUCCUACAAUAGAAAUGGUCUUUGUGCUUUGGGGUUUAUGGAUGAUCACUAUCCUGUUCGAAGUGCAUUUUCUCUUUUAAACCAAGUGUUAGAUGAAUACCAAAAGAAUUUUGGUGACUCAUGGAAAGCUGUAGAAGCAGAUCAAAGUCAACCAUGGCCUUAUUUAGAUGAAGCUUUGAUCAGAUUUCAGGAUCCUGCUCAGGCAGAUAAGCUGCUGAAAAUUCAGAGGGAAUUGGAUGAAACAAAAAUUAUACUUCACAAGACUAUUGAUAGUGUCCUUGAAAGAGGUGAAAAGUUGGAUAGUUUGGUUGAGAAAAGUUCAGACCUCAGUACAGCUUCACAGAUGUUCUACAAACAGGCGAAGAAAACAAACCAAUGUUGUACAAUAUUGUAAGGAAAAAAGGCGGAUUUGGUUGUGUUGAUUUGUUUUACGUUUACAUAUUUUUCUACUUGGUUGUUUGUUGGAUCGAA